AUGUCAGAAGUCAAAGAGCAAGACUUCUUUGGCGGGGCAAUUCGUGGUGUGGUUCCACAGAACUGGGUUGACGCCAGCAACCUCCGCGAAAUUCCUGACCACCAGGAACUAUUCCUUUCACGCGACACGCUGUCCAACCUAAUCAUUGAGAUCAACCAGCGUGCCUCUCAAGAAGAAGCAUUGAGCACCCUUGCUACUCUCAGCCAACAGCAGCCUUCACUACUAGUCGGCAGCGGCAGUGCCACUAGCGCAACACCCGAGACGGUUGACCAAGCAGCCGCUUUGUAUCAUCUGCACGAUCUCUGCGAAGAAGGCGAUUCCAUGCACGUAGUUGAACUUCCAAAGCGCGUGACGUUGGGCCGAUUGGCUUCCAAUGCGCCACCUGGAUCAUCGAUCAGUGCGUACAGGGGUAUUGUUGAGUUUAAGUCAGUUCCUCGUCGCCGGGAUCAGCGCGUGCCCGCUGUGGAACCUGGUGCCGCGGUUGCGGGUGUUUCAAUGGAUAGUGCGCCGGCUACCAAUUCUUUGACUUGUCACUUCCUCCUUGUGCGGCUCGAGGCGCAGGAGACCGAUCUUUUGACUUUCUUCAAUGUGCCGCAUCAGGAAUUUGAUAAGGGGGGCGAUGCGGGUGGUUUGUCGAAAGAGGAGAGCACUGCGGAGGAUGUUAUGAAGUCGGUGGAGGAGAAAAUGCAGAUUUUGGACUGGGGACUUUUUGUUUAG